UUUAGGGAUCAAAUGCAAUCCAAGUCUCUGGCACGCGAUUCUGGCUCUGUAUCGUGUGACAUGUGAAUAUUUGACACGUUAACCGUGAUUUGCCAUAGUCAAAGCAACUUUGUAGGAUCGACAAGACAAAACUCUGCAGUUUUCAAUGAGAAUACGGUGAUACGUUACUGACAGCGUGUUCGCAAUGGCCGACGAUCCUGUCCCAGCGCCCAAGAGGCGACAAUUGCGAGAGAGAACAAGGAAACUUUACACCGAUGACUGGGCCAUUGGCGACGAGGAUAUUGAGGGCAGAAGGACCUUUCAGCUUGACGAAAAGAUCGAGUGCGAAAGGUAUAACUUGAGCAAUUUCACUGGCCUUUUUCGAGAAAUGGCUGGCCAGGAUCUCAAUGUUGCUUACCUGCAAAAACACGGUUUGGGUAUUCCCCUUCUCUUCAGAGAUAAAGCUGGAUUGGGACUUCGGGUUCCCAGUGCAAACUUUACAAUCAACGAUGUCAGGACUUGCGUUGGUUCAAAAAGAGUGUUAGAUGUAAUGGAUGUAAAUACUCAAAAGAAUGAGGACAUGACAAUGAAAGAAUGGCAGAAAUACUACGAGGAUCCAAACAAGGAUCGCCUUCUAAAUGUAAUCUCCCUCGAAUUUAGUCACACGAAGCUAGAAAAUUACGUCCAGUCGCCAACCUUAGUUCGACAAGUCGACUGGGUUGACGUGGUUUGGCCUCGUCAUUUAAAAGAGGCACAAGUAGAAGCCACGAAUCUUCUCGAAGACAUGAUGUAUCCAAAGGUUCAGAAGUACUGUCUCAUGUCCGUAAAAGGUUGCUACACCGACUUCCACGUCGAUUUCGGAGGUACAAGUGUUUGGUACCACAUUCUCCGAGGUGGCAAGAUUUUCUGGCUGAUUCCACCCACCGAGAAGAAUUUAGCCCUCUAUCAAGAAUGGGUUCUUAGUGGAAAACAAUCGGACGUUUUCUUCGGUGACAUGGUGGACAGAUGUGGCAGAAUAAAUUUAACUGCUGGCAUGACCUUAUUUAUCCCCACUGGAUGGAUCCAUGCCGUCUACACACCUCAGGACUCGCUAGUCUUCGGUGGCAAUUUUCUCCACAGCUUUGGAAUCGACAAACAACUGAAAGUUGCACAAGUUGAGGAACAUACGAAAGUUCCACAGAAAUUUAGAUAUCCCUUCUUCACGGAAAUGCUGUGGUAUGUCCUAGAAAAGUACGUCCAUGUCCUUUUAGGAAGAAGUCAUUUAGAUAUUUCAGAUGCGCAAAAUUAUUCAUCACCUCUGCAUCAUCUUCAUCACAUUCACUUAACGCCUUACGAACUCCAUGGAUUGAAGUCAAUCGUCAUGUACCUGCAUUCUCUACCGUCAACGAAGAAAAACGUACCGGAAUUGAUACGCGACCCUGUGGCCCUAAUACACGACGUAAGGUGUUUGGUGGAACAACAUCGGCAUGACAAUCCUGAAGCUGCUGUGACAGGCAUUCCAGUUUUGCCAGCUCCACCACCUUUGACAAUUGCCGAACGAGAACGUUUGAAGGCAACUAAGAAGAGCUUCGCGAAGAUCCAACGGCAACAAUCGUUAGAAAAACCAAGUCCACAUCAAAAUUCACAACUGAAUUCUCAUUCGAAUUCACAACCAACUCCGGAACAAAAAUCCGCCUGUGCAAGAAGAAGACGCACGAGGUGCAAAAAGUGCGAGGCUUGCACGAGGCAGGAUUGUCAGGAAUGCGUCUACUGUCAAGACAUGGUGAAAUUUGGUGGAACUGGACGCGCGAAGCAAACUUGUUUAAUGAGGCAAUGUCUCAGACCGAUGCUUCCUGUUACAGCUGCUUGUAAAAUCUGUAAUCUUGAUGGUUGGGGUCAACAACCUUCGCCUCUUAUGGGUAAACCGAUUCCUAUGACACCUUCUGGAUUACUGGAAUGCCAAGUCUGUUUUGAUAUUGUUCACCCACAGUGUGUUGGUGUAGAUCCUUUGACGAUAUCGUUUAACGAGGAUUUGCCAAACAGUUGGGAGUGUCUUCAGUGCUGCGAAAAGGGGAAAAAUUUAGACGGAAAACGGCAGGCGAAAGUUCGAGCGAGGAAACUUUCUGUUUCGAGUGCGGCAUCCUCUGUCCCAACGACGGAUUCCGAAAGAGCUACAACUCCGAGCAAAAGAUCGCGAUCUGACCCAAGUGAGACCUGGACCGAUCGAGAACCAGCCGAAGGCGAACAGAGGACAGCCUUAAGGACUCAACUCGCCGUUCAGUUGACCGGAUCAAGCAACAAAUCCUUGAAGAGGCCCAGCGUUGUAGUUCGACCAAUGCCUCAUCCCCCCCUCCAGAGAUCUGGCAUCGACAUGAACGGACAAUCCCUGAUCUACAACAAGGCAGCUCUUCUCUCAAUCUUCAGGUUUCUGUCCAAGAAGGACUUGGCAAACUGCGCAUUAGUUUGUCGCGUUUGGGCGAGAUACACGAUAGAUCCAAGUCUCUGGCGACGACUCGAUUUGUCCCACGUGCAGCUCACUCCAGCUCAUCUAACGGGAAUCACUCGACGUCAACCAGAGAGUCUCACCCUCGACUGGACGAUUGUCACCAAACGACAACUCGCCUGGCUUCUCACCAGGCUUCCUCAGCUCAGAACUCUUUCGCUUCAAGGUUGCACCUGGGCUGGCGUGUGUGCCCUCAGAACCUGCGCCUGUCCUCCCUUAACGAUUCUCGACUUGAGUCACGUUUCCGGACUGAACGACUCGAGCUUGAGAGAAGUUCUGAGUCCACCAGCUGACUCGCGACCUGGACUGAUCGACAAAACUUCGCGAUUGAAAUAUUUAAGGACUUUGUCCCUCGCUGGCUGUGACAUUACGGACAUUGCUUUGCGAUACGUUUCCCAACAUCUGCCGCACUUGGAAACUCUCGAUCUCUCGUCCUGCGGCCGAGUCACUGACGCUGGAGUCGCACAAUUGGCUCAGCCACCCUCCCACUCGAUGAACAAUCUCAUUUCCCUGAAUCUCUCCAAUUGCAAACUUCUCACCGAGACGACCCUCGAUCACUUGACGAGAUGCAAGGCCUUGAAGCGUCUCGAUCUUCGACAUACGACGCAGGUCUCGACGCAAUCGGUGAUUAAAUUCGCCGCGAAGAAUGUGCACAACUUGCAUGUCAUGGACGUGAAGUUGGUCUUGGAGAAGAAAAUUAAGAGCGAGGUCCGCGGAACGUGAGAGGAGGGGCUUCAGGUUUAGGUAUUUUCUGUAUAAAGAAGCUUGUAGGUCGAAUUUGAUGGUUCUCAAAAUGGAAAUUGAGGUCAGUCUUGUGUAAUAAAAAGAUUGUGAUGAACGCUGUGAAUGCGGAGAUAAGUUAACAAAUGAAGGUGUAGUCGAGAAUGUGCAAUCUUCAAAGAUCAAAGAUAUCUUACGUAAGUAAUUUCAACGCACAAUAGCGGUAAAAUCUGCCCGUGCGCUUAUUGAUCUUAUGAGAAAUUGAGCAUUUUCCACUGUAGUAAAUUUUAUGAUGCG